ACUUUGACACAAAAAAUUCGUAAAAUGGCUUCCAACGAAAAUAAAUUUAUCGAUCGAGCUCCAUUUAUUUUAGCUGCUGGAAAAUUAUCAGAUAAUUUGGGAGAUAGCGUAGCGAACUGUUUGAAACAAUAUUCCAUAGAUGAUGCAUCUAAAGCUUUGAAGUAUUUUGCCAACGUUGAAACGCAAGAAAAACCGACAUACAAAACUGAGCCAUACAAAAAUAAAAUCCAGAGAGGUGUUUAUACAGAAAUCCAGCCAAUCCUUCAACCACCGGUAAAAACCCGCUAUCAAACUCUGAUUAAUGAACUAAAAGAGACUUCGUACGAUUCACACUGGAAUAAAUGCAUCGGCAAGAGUCGCGAUCCAAUCCCUGGACUGCCAAAGGGAUUAAAUCCACUUGAAGUCACUUUUGGAAUAAAAAGUAACAAGGAUGAGUCAGUCAAAGAGCUCGUAAAUCCCCCGAAAGGCGUUUAUCAAGUUUUAACAGAAAGUCAGAUUGCUCAUGAAAUGUACAAAAAAUCGCACAAUGACUAUAAUGUGGGGGAGAGAAUCUGUCGCAAUUAUUUAUCCCCGGCUUUCGAUAGCACAAAACGGUUCGGAGAGCGGACGAAAUACGAUCCAAGAGGAAUUUGGGUUAGGUGUGCUUGCACUUGGCACCAAAACGAACCUGUGGUUUACACCAAUAAGAUCCAAGCUGAUUUUUUGAACAAAACUAGAAACAAAUUAGGUGAAUGUUUGCGCCCGAAUAACAUCAGCGAGCAGUUGCCUAAAGAUUUCGUUUAUGGAAAACCAGCAGUGAGGGAUUUGUACGGAGUUGAGGAGUUGUUGAAAGAUGGCGACUGUCCACCAUGCCAGUUUAAGGGAGACUUGAAAUGUUGGCUCAUGUCUUUCAACAAAAUGAAACAGAAUUUAUUCAAGCGUUUUACUCUGGAUUUCACACCUAAUGAUCUUGCCAAAAGAUUGAUGUAUUAUGAUGGCGACAAAAGUGGCACUUUACCAUUGGAGACAUUCUACAACGUGUGUUCCUGCUACCGUUUUACAUUCGACAGAGCAAAUCUUGAACCGCUAUUACGAUUGUUGUCAAUCAUAAGUGAAAAUAAAAUUUUUUACAUGAAAUUUUUGGACAUUGUGGACAGCAAGACAGCCCCUUUGGAACUAAUGAAAAUUCAGGAUGUUCCUGAACGAAAUCAGUAUUAUCUCACUUCGAGUCAAUCAUCCGUUUGCGAUUACUUGAUUUUAAAUAACGCCAAUGGCCCCCCAGCGGGCAUUCCAUCGAUUCGAGACGACUUGUCACGUCCUAUAGUUCCUCUAGGGGGCUGCAGGGCUGAUUUGGAGAAUUUGGGGGACGAAUGCUCGGCUGCAAUUCUCCUCAAUCCGAGUAUUUACUUCAACUACGGUUUAUCAUUCCGGGAUUUCUUCCUUCCUCGCAAGCCUGACGUUUUACGAAGCUUAUUUGAAAAAGCAGGCUACAAAAUUGAUGAUGCCUCCUUCGAAAAACUCUGGGCAGAAGGCGUCAAUCGCGAUAAAACUGGCUCAGUGUGUGUCGACACUUUUAAUAAUUUGUUGCAAAAGCAUUACGGCGAAUAUAAGAAACUGAAAAUAGAUGAAGCAACAUGUUGAAUAAAUAAACAUUAC